GAAAUGAAGCUGAAGGAGCUGGAGGGCUGCCUGCAACAAGUGGAUGUCUUUGAAAGUCCCAAGCUGCUGCUUGAGCAGUAUCCAACCAGGCCACAUAUUGCAGCAUGUAUGCUGUAUACCAUCCACAACACAUACGGUGAUAUUGAAGAUAAAGUCAUUGCAGAUCUCGGCUGUGGGUGUGGAGUACUUAGCAUUGGGGCAGCUAUGUUGGGUGGAGGGUUAUGUAUAGGAUUUGACAUAGAUGAAGAUGCACUAGACAUAUUUAGAGCAAACGCUGAAGAAUUUGAACUUCUAAACGUUGAUUUGGUUCAAUGUGACAUCUGCUCGUGGCCUUGCACCAGCCUCGAGAAAUCUGUGGACACUGUCAUAAUGAAUCCUCCUUUUGGUACAAAGCAUAAUAAAGGCAUGGACAUGACGUUUCUGAAGAAUGCCCUGCAGAUGGCAAGAACAUCUGUCUAUUCUCUGCAUAAAACAUCUACAAGAGAACAUAUUCAAAAGAAGGCUGCAGAUUGGAAGGUAAAGAUGGAAGUAAUAGCUGAGCUCCGGUAUGACCUGCCAGCCUCGUAUAAGUUCCACAAGAAGAAAUCAGUUGAUAUUGAAGUGGAUUUCAUUAGAUUCUCCUUUGACUGAUAUUCAAGAUCUGAAGACUUAAAUAUUCAUUUUAUAUUUUAAUGUUUGAAAUUUUAUUCGUUUUUUUUUUUAAUCUAAAAAGCUCAAUGCCAAUUUAUGGAUUUUCAGUUGCUUUGAUUCUGACUGCAGCGGUCGCGCUGAGCAUGCACACUGCCGUUCCAUUAAACCUCUAUAGGGGCCACUGGAGAUGGGAUCACUGUAGAAAAAUUGCAAGACAAAAAAAAAGGCAUAGCAAUCUGCUGCCUCUAGAGAACCAGUUUGAGGCUGGGUUCACACAAGCAUAGCACAAACAGUUUUUCCUUU